UCUUCCAACAGUGCUAAGCUGGAUGCUGGUGCUGCUAAUGCUGGUACCGCACCGCCCUUGCCAACGCUUUCUCCGCCAGCGGUGGGACGAUGGCUCAUGUUCUCGUCUGCCCUGGUAUUUGCGGUCAUUGUAGUCGGAGGCGUAACCCGCCUUACAGAGUCCGGACUAAGUAUUACUGAGUGGAAGCCUAUCACUGGAAUUCUGCCCCCCUUGACUCAGGAUGACUGGAAUGUAGAAUUCGAGAAGUACAAGGCUACUCCCGAGUUUAAGAUGCUGAAUCACUCCAUGACGGUGGAUGAGUUCAAGAGCAUAUUUUACAUGGAAUGGGGUCAUCGCGUCCUCGGGCGAAUCAUUGGCAUCGCCUUCGUCGUCCCACUGGCCUACUUCGCUCUCCGGAAGCAGCUCUCCGCAUCAAUGCCACGGCAGCUGACCGCAAUGGCGGCCCUGAUCGGCGUGCAAGGUCUCCUUGGAUGGUACAUGGUCAAGUCGGGCUUGGAAGACUCCAUCGUCGAGACCAACUCCGUCCCACGCGUGUCGCAGUACCGUCUGGCGGCGCAUCUGGGCACGGCAUUCGUUCUGUAUGCGGGCAUGAUCGGAACCGGUCUGGCUGUUCUUUUUGAUUGGAAGUAUGCGAACAAGGGAGUUUGGAGUGGGCUCAAGGAUGGUACAUCCUGGCAGACCAUCCUCUCGAAUCCUCUGGUCAAGCGGUUCUCGAGAGCUUCUUGGGCGUUGACUGGCCUAGUAUUUCUAACAGCCUUAUCAGGGGCCUUUGUGGCGGGAUUAGACGCUGGCCUUGUAUACAACGAGUUCCCGUAUAUGGGAGGCCGUUUGGUACCUCCUACGAAUGAAUUAUUCGACCCCGCAUAUGCCAAGGAUCCCAGUCGGUCUGACCUUUGGCGGAACGUCUUCGAAAAUCCGACCACAGUCCAAUUCGAUCAUCGUGUCUUGGCUACCACCACCUACUUUGCCACUGCCGCAUUGUACGCGGCUUCCUUAAGGCCAGCUUACAAGGCCAUACUACCGCCCAUGGCCAAACGCUUCGCAGCGAUAGCGUUUGGCGUGGCCAAUAUCCAAGUAAUCUUGGGGAUCUCCACCCUCUUAUACCUAGUGCCCGUGUCACUCGCCGCGUGUCAUCAAGCUGGCAGUGUCGCGCUGUUGACAAGUAUGAUCCAUUUAUUGGUGGCACUACGGAGACCAGGAGCGGCGGCGAGGGCGUGGAGACAGGCUUCUGUGGCAGCGCGGAGACAACGGCAGCCAUAGCAGCAGACGUAUUUUGGGUCCCUUCAUUUGUGAU